AUGAUAGAGAGUAAACGCUCGAGAACCGAUGCAAUUGGCGGAAUUGGCACUACAAAGAGGCAAAAAACGUUGAUGGACUUUGCACGUACACCGAACAAGAGUGUUGCAGCUUCUACAGAUGGUGAGGUCUCGAAAAAGAAGGAGGUGAAUGGCAAAAACAGUAGUUUGGGUGAAGAAAACGGGAAAAAGACUGUUGGUAAAACUGAAUUCCGUGAGAAGCUGUCAGAUCGAGAAAUCGAGCUAUUGCAGCUGGAGCUCGAUACACUUGACGAUGCUUGGUUCGCCAAAUUAGGGUCCGAGUUUCGUAAGAGCUACUUUCUGAAGCUUAAAGAAUUCGUGUGCGAACAGCAGAGAAAUUUUACGGUUUUUCCGCCAGCUACAGACGUUUAUUCGUGGACCAGACUCACGAAGUUCGAUCAAGUCCGCGUUGUCAUUAUAGGACAAGACCCGUACCACAAUCACAACCAGGCCCACGGGUUGGCCUUCAGCGUGCGGUCGCCCAUACCAGCACCGCCUUCGCUCAAAAACAUCUACAAAGAACUGCGCGAAAACAACUAUCCAGACUUUCAAGUUGACGGCAAGGUUGGCGAUCUGACCCACUGGGCCCAGCAGGGCGUGUUACUACUGAAUACGUGUCUCACAGUCAAGGCACACAAUGCGAAUUCGCAUUCCAAGAGAGGCUGGGAGCAAUUCACCAAACGUGUGGUUCAACUUAUAAUAGAGGACCGCAAACAAUCUCAAGAGCCCUUGGUUUUUCUUCUUUGGGGGAAUAACGCAUCGAAUCUCGUGAAAGGAUUACUUGGCCAGGUUCCUGAUAAUUUUUUGGUGCUGAGCUCCGUGCAUCCGUCACCUCUAUCUGCCAGUAGAGGGUUUUUUGGCAACAAACACUUCAAGAAGAUAAACGAUUGGCUCUACGCCAGAAAUUACAGCAUGAUAGACUGGAGUGUGGUUCCCGGAAGCUGUAUCAAUGAGGUUGAGAAAAAGAAUCUGGUUUUGGACCUGUAA